GUAGAAGCUUGAUUAAUAGCUUUGGCCUACGGGGCAACAUAGAACCAACGACUGACUAUAUAAACAAGACCCCCUAAAACUCUAGUAGAUUCUCUUCAUCGGAAUCCCCAACCUUCUCUCUUAUCUUGCAGCGCCAUCUAUCUCAGUCCAGCACAAUGUACCGAGCUCUGAUGCUCAUAGCCCUGUAUCUAUUAGCCCUAGCCGUUACUGCUCUCAGUCCUCCUCCCAACCAACCAGCCAACCAACGAGCAAAUCAACAGGCUCUGACACCAGCACGGCUGGCAACAAAGAAUCUGCACAAGAACUGCCGAAGCCUACGCAUAGAGAACCCACCUCCGCCACGACAAAACACAAAUACCGCAAACAAUCAACCAACGUACGCAACGGAACUGACAGCCUCUCCGGAAUUAGAAUAUAAUAGCGAUGCGUCGACCCUGCGCGGAUCCAAGCGACGCGCUAAUCUGCCUCGGCCACCCAAGCCACUCUUGGUGGGCAAUUGCCGGAAGCGGGACGGCCAGAUCCGGGAGACAAAGCUGUCCUUGGACUAUUGUCUCGGGUGGCGAGAAGAGAAUGGUGGAACUUUGAUUGCGGAGAGCAGGUAGUAUAUAUCUCCCUGGGUUAUUGAGUGGUGGCGUUGGCUAAUAUGUCCCUAGUGGCUUC